GGUGGUGUCCCUGCAGGGGAAGGUGUGCCUGGUGACCGGAGCCAGCUCUGGGAUUGGGGCCGGAACCGCCAUCCUCUUUGCAGGCCUGGGGGCCCGACUGGCCCUAAAUGGAAGAAACCAGGAGAAGCUGCAGGAGACGGCCCAGCGCUGCGAGGAGAUCUCUGGCCUGAAGCCCCUCCUGGUCCCCGGAGAUCUGACAGAGAUGAGAAGGUCGUCCAGCAGAUUGUAGAGGAGACAGUCGGUCACUUUGGACAGCUGGAUGUUCUGGUGAACUGUGGGGGGAUUAUGGCGUUGGGGUCAUCAGAGAACACCACCCUGGAGGACUAUGACCGACUGAUGAAUAUCAACGUGCGGUCUGUUUUCUAUCUGUCUCAACUGGCGGUGCCUCAUCUCAUCAAGACCAAAGGAAACAUCGUCAACGUAUCCAGCGUUGCAGUGUGAGAGCGAUCCCGAACAUCCUGACUUACUGCACGUCCAAGGCAGCGGUGGAUCACAUGACCAGAUGCGCCGCUCU